CACCAGUCAGUAGCAGCAUCGACGACGUCUCGAGGAUCGUCUGCACCAAUUUUCACUCCUGAGUCGAGUCGCUCUCCAUCUAUCGUCAGAAGUGACACCUUGUUUCCGGAACCAAUAUUGCCGAGACAAGUGUCUCCAGAUGAGCCUAUUCCAUCAGUUGAGACCGAGGCAUGGACAGAGUCUGCAAUAUCUGGAGCGUCGAUCCCUCGUACACCGACUACUCGCCCAGGGGCUGCUCCAGCAUCAACCUCCCCGCUGACAUCAGCUCCGCACUCUCCACUCUCCUAUAGGGCUGCUGAUAGUCUCCCUGGGGAACGAUAUCCAGCUCGGGACUCCCCCGAGAUUGGAAGCAUCACUGAUCGUCUGAAUCGGCUGAUUAUCGAACGCCUCGAUCGCACACCAGUAGAUAUGGGGUUAUCUGAUAUUAGAGCCGCACUGUCAGACCUGUUCGACGAUGCUGGGCGACGGACUCCUCAACCAAGCAAUCCUACGCCUGCCUUUAGGCAAAACUCCUUGAGCCCGCGCCCUCAUCGUCGAUCGCGGGGACGUUCUGAAGCAGCCCUGGUGUAUCAUGAUGUCAAGGACGAGGAGCUGCCAGAGAGUCGUUUCUACGACCCAGCGGUCCAAAAUGCCAUCAAGGACGCCAAGGCAUUGAUGACUCAGUUGGCAGGUGUUCUCGAAGACAGCCCUCUUCACAUCAACCCCGAUUCAACAAUCAGACGACUGUAUGGCCAAGCACUGGAUCUGUCCCAAUUUGAAGGUCCUUCGACGCGGACUGUUGGGUUUGUUGGAGAUUCCGGCGUUGGUAAAAGUAGCGUCUUGAAUUCCCUUCUGGAUCAAAAGAACCUCGCUAGAACAAGCAAUAGCGGGGCCGCAUGCACCUGCGUUGUCACCGAGUAUCACCAUAAGGACGGGGAUGCUUUCACUAUUGACGUGGAAUUAUUCAGUCAGGAUGAUCUCAUGGAUCAGAUAAAGGAAUUACUUCAAUCGUAUCGAAUGUUUCACCUGAACGCGGGAGAAUUGAGGAGAAAUGAUGAGGCGGCAACAGUUGUCGAUAUUGAAGAGCAAGCAAACGUCGCUCGGGACACUUUCCGGUCCAUGUUCCGCGGUCAGCUGGCAAGCGAAGACUUCCUUAUCAAUGAGGAGGAAGCCACUGUCCUAAGAACCUUUCGUUCCUGGCUGCGGAGAGUGGACCUACCGCUUGAAGGAAGACAUCAGAAGCCUUCGCGGGAUAGUUGCGCCGCUUUCCUGAUGUAUCUGACAUCCGAAUCGGUAGAUACACGAACGCCAGCUGUUUGGCCUUUCGUCCGUAAGAUCAAGGUAUUUUUGCCCUCACAUAUUCUGAGUAAGGGUCUAGUCCUCGUCGACCUUCCUGGACUGCGUGACUCCAACUCGGCACGGAGACUUAUCACCGAAAGAUAUCUGGUCGAAUGUGAUGAGAUUUUUGCCAUAUGCAACAUUGGGCGGGCAACUACAGAUGUCGGUGUGGAAAGUGUCUUUGAACUUGCGCAACAGGCAGGGUUGUCCAAAGUUGGGAUCGUCUGCACAAAGUCUGAUGACAUUCGAGUUGAAGAAGCCAUGAAAGAUUGGCGAGGCCGACACGCAGAUCGUAUCCAGCAACUGAGCAAUGCAGUUUCAACCACUGAGGCAGACAUUGAGAAUAUCAAUCUUGACCUGGCGGAAAUUGACGAGUUGGAGAUGACGGAACUGACAGACGAGGAACAAAGAGAAUCGAUUCGACUCCACAACGAACAGAGGCGAACCAAUGCGGUUUUGAAGAAGAAUUUAUUCGAACUAAAAGAGUAUCUGAUAAAGACCCGCAAUGCCAUUGUCACCAGGCAACUUCGAACAGCUUACGAAGACAAGAUUGCAGGCGGAAACCUGGCGGUGUUCUGCGUUAGCAACAUCCUAUACUGGGAUGAACGACAUAAGCCGAGAGACGUGGCCCUCCCAUCACUGCAGCUCAGCGGUAUCCUUGCUCUACGAAAGCACUGCCUCGGCAUCAUUGCGGACAGUCAGUUGAGUAUUGCCAAGCGAUAUAUCGAUAACGACAUUCCCGCUAUGCUUGGAGAAGCUGCAUUGUGGGUUGAGUCUGGUGCAGGAAGCACCGGUGCUGAACAAAAGCUCCAUAUUCGCGACACGCUGAAUUUGAUCGAGUCUCGGUUGAAGAGGGACUUGACAAGAAGGAACUCAGAUCUCAGCCUCGUUGGGACGUCGAUCAAAGAUGACUUCAGGAUACGAAUCUAUGAUACGGCGAAUGCCGCCUUGGAAUGGGAUCCUUCAGAAAAUGAGCUUGAGCUUUUUCCUGGAGUCACCGAUCUCCUUCAGGAAACUUUGAUCUGCCACAAGAAUAUCAUGGAGUCCCAAGUAGAGGAUCUCACGGAUAAAACCGGCGCUGACUUGAACUCGCUACGUAUUGACGUACUUACCGGCAUUCGAACGUCCAUACUUGGUCAAGCGAUGGAGACCCCUUACAGGAGGUGUAACGCGGAAUAUGGAGGAGGGAGUGAUGGGAGACGUAAAGACAUUAUCCGCAAUGCUGUUGAUCGCGUGGAUCUAUUUGAGAACCACAUGAUUGAGUUCAAGAGCAGAAUGAGGCUUUUAGCGGAUAACGUACAAACCGAGCUACAAGCUAUCGUCCGUGAUGGGUUGGAUGCGAUUACGUCGGUUCUUGACCUGAUCAGGAAUGACAAUGUUGCGACAGAAAGCGAGGAGAACCCCGAGUUGAGACGCCGCUUGGAACAAGAGAUCGCCACGAUCAAGGAACGGAUGAGACGGAUCAUGGAUAUCAUGGAGUGA